AUGGACUGCGUUUACUUCAAUGUUAACAAUGGGUUCAUAGAAGGGAUAAUAAGAGGGUAUAGGAACGGAUUUCUUACGGCUAAUCAAUAUUUAAAUUUGACUCAAUGUGAAACAUUGGAAGAUUUAAAAUUACAAUUAUCUUCCACUGAUUACGGUAAUUUCCUUUCGAAUAUCUCCAGUAAAACAUUAACAACGUCUAUUAUCACAGAGGCUGCCUCGGUGAAACUGUACAACGAAUUCAAUUACCUUACAAAUCAACUAUCAGACAAAAAUGAUUUGAAAUUGGUCGAAUAUAUCAAAUGCAGCUACAUGAUCGAUAAUGUCGCACUCAUGAUCACUGGUACCAUCCAUAAUAGAGACAAAUCCGAGAUUUUGAACCGUUGCCAUCCAUUAGGUUGGUUUGAUACUUUACCGACUUUAAGUGUUGCUACAGACUUGGAAUCUCUGUACGAUAUGGUAUUAAUCGAUACUCCAUUAGCACCAUAUUUCAAAGACUGUUUCAGUAAUGCGAACGAUCUUGAUGAUUUGAAUAUUGAAAUUGUAAGAAAUAAAUUGUAUAAGGCAUAUUUGGAAGAUUUCACCAAAUUUAUAAACGAACAACUGACUGAGCCUUCAAAGGAAAUUAUGUUGGACUUUUUAAAUUUUGAAGCUGAUAGAAGAACAAUCAAUAUCUCCCUGAAUUCUUUGCAACAGCAACACAAUGAUGAAAUGGCAAUUGAUCCAGAUUUGAAAAGAGAAUUAUUACCAAACGUGGGUAAAUGCUACCCUAUCGUUACUGAGUUGUUAGCUAAUGCUAACGAUUUUGAAAGUGUCAAAGUCGCAUUGGACAAAGUUUAUGAGUAUAAAAAUAUUCUGGAAAAUAACAAUUUGGAAGAUUUCUUUUACGAAUUUGAAAUGCAGCUUUGUAAAGAUGCAUUCACACAACAAUUCACUAUUUCAACUUUAUGGGCUUGGUUGAAAUCAAAAGAACAGGAAAUUAGAAACAUUACAUGGAUUGCCGAGUGCAUUGCCCAGAAUCAAAGGGACAAGAUAAAUAAUUACAUUAGCGUGUAUUGA